AAACCUGGCUUGGAUGACGAAAGAUUAGGGUUAAAAAAACUGUAUCUUUUAUUGCAUGGGAUGGAUUGUAUAAAAAAGACGGGUAGAGCUGUCAUUUCAUCAAUGACAUUUUUACAUUGUUGAAGUAGUGACCCGUGAUGCUAAUACACUUGGAGGAAAGUAGUUAAGUCGGUUACAGGCAGUAAGGCGCGACGGAGUUAUUGUGUAUAUAGAAUUUUUUCUUUUUUCUGCACGUUAUUUUCGAAAUUUGUUAGUUUUUCACGGAUGAAAUGGCUUCGGAUAGUAAUGGAGGAGAAAUUAAGCUAACGGUCGGGGAAGACAAGGUGACCACUGCUGACGUCACAAAAGGAGAGGAGAUAGACCUGAAAAACAGGGACCCUGAAAACUUACACGACCAUAUAAAGAUACAAUUUCAUGACGUGUUCGGAGAACCAGAUGAAACAGUCUUUUCUUUCGACUUUGUUUGGAGAUUUGCAUUCAAGCUCUUCACAAACGUUAAGUUAUGGUGUUACAGAAUCGUGUCCCUUAUUUGUGGUUUACCACUGGCAAUAUUUUGGGGAAUCUAUUUUGCCAUGCUGUCAUUCUGUGCAAUUUGGUGUUGUGAGCCCUACAUGAAGGCGUACGCUAUAGAACUUGGCUGUAUCAGACGACUUUUCAACACGAUGUUAAAUGCCUUUGUCCGACCAUGUUUUGAAGUAAUGGGAUACUGUUUCUACAACAUUCGAGUGCAGAAGGGAUAAAGACUAUAUAUAGUGGAAAUAGCAUGUUUGUUGUUGUUUUU